UGUCCCCAGUCAUGCUUGCUCGACUUCAGUUACAAAUAUAACUUAAAAAAAAAAAAAAAAUCUAGAUUUUUCAUCAUUUCUGGAUUGGCUUAUUUCUAAUGUUCCUCAUCAAAUGUUCUUUUUUAUUAUUAAUGCAUGUUUAAUACUUAAAAUCUUUAAAAAAUGUUGUGUCCCUGAAUCAACUGUCACCCCUGUUACUCUGAUAAGAAUUCCAUAGAACACAUCACCUGAUUAUUCUUUUAGUCACAUGACACUCCCGGAUGUAACAUAUUUUGGAGGGAAAACUUUCAAGAAGAAGACGAGGAAUGGCACCAAUGUCUGCUGCGGAGAAGCAGCGGCGCUACCGAGCACGUCGUGAUGCUGACCCUGAGAGAAGACAGAUAUAUCUCAAUAAAGAGAAAGAGAAGUGGAGAAAGGACAGAGAGGAAGGGAAAAAAAAGAAAGUGGCAGAUCUCAGUGAACGACAGAAGAGAGCACAGAGAAAGCAGUGGCGAGAAAGGAAAAGAAAGCAGAGGGCUAGUGCCAAAGGCAGGACAGAAUUUGAGGCUAUGAAUACUCCUCCCCUAAGUCCAGAAUAUUCCCUAGAGCCAGAAAAUGCCCCGCAACCAGGACCCUCAAGGUUAGAAGAAGAGUUGACAGUUCAGUGAGAACUACUCCUGUAAGUAUUCUCAAGAAGUACAAGCAGUCCACUUCGGAGGGUCACACCAGCAGGCAACCCUACAUACUGGAGUACUGUACACUGCAGCUGAACAGUCACCAGUAACAUUCUGCUCUAUCUCACCUUCCAGGCGGCAUGAUCCCCCUGCGAUAUGGGCCCAUCUUGACCCUGUGUUAGACAUGAUCAGAGAAAGAUACCCUCUUAUCAAACACCUCCAUGUCUUCAGCGAUGGUCCAGCUACACAAUACAAACAAAAGGGCAACUUUUACCUGCUCUCAAAAGAGCCAUUCAAAAAAGGGUUCAAAAACAUCAGCUGGAACUUUUUUGAGGCCAGCCAUGGAAAGGGGGCUCCAGAUGGUAUUGGAGCCACCCUUAAAAGGUCAGCUGACACAAUUGUCCGCCAUGGAGGAGAUAUCCCCAACGCAGAAGCUAUGUUUCACAAGCUGAGAGACAUGGGCACUUCAGUGGAACUUUUUUUUGUGGGAGAAGAUGAUGUUGAGAGGAAAGUAAAAGAAAUUAUUGAUGGACCGACACUUGUGCCUGUCAAAGGAACCAUGAAAAUCCACCAAGUACUCAGUUUCUCUCCAGGAACAAUAAAAUACAGGGACAUAACCUGCCUUUGCCAGGCAGACAAAGGUGUACUGGACUGUGAAUGCUAUGGCCUGAAGGAGAUAAGCCUUAGUCAAGAGGCAAGUCCACAUUGCACUGAGGGACCAACCCGGCCUGAGAACAUCACAAAAGAUCAUAUUGGUCAGUGGUGCAUUAUCAACUACGAUGGUGAACCCUACCCAGGAAUCAUUCUGGAGGUUGAAGAGGAUGUUAAAGUGAAAUGCAUGCACAAGAACGGGACCAACAAGUUCCACUGGCCAAGUCCACGUGAGGACAUAACCUGGUAUAGGGAUGACCAGGUUGUGUGUCUGAUGAAAGAACCAACACCUUUGAAUAAGAGGUCAGUUCAGCUGGAGAGGAAAGUGUGGGAUUUCCUUGAAAAAAACUGGAGUUGCUGGUCUGUUGCAUAGGUAAAAGGUGUGAGAAAAAUGUUCAUUAUGUUGGGUGUACAGUGAAAAUUUGCUUGUUUAAUGUGGACAUGUAUCUACCUGUGUUGGUUGGACGGGCAUGGUGAAGGUGUUCAAAGUUUCUUUAAGGUGGUAUUUUUUGUCACUGAUGUUAUGUCCACCCUGUUACCUCCUGUCCACCCUGUUUCUCCUCUGUCCACCCUGUUACCUGUGUGUUUCUUUUGUUAAUUAAAUCAAAUCAACAAACAUAAUGCAUGUCUCUUUGGUUAUUGGGAGGGAAUGAAUCAGCAAAAUUAAGUUACUUAAAAAUGGAGCCAAUUUUUUUUUUAUAUUCCCUUUGAAUCUAAAAACAA